UUCCCGAAACACAGAUCAAUUUCGCUGAUGAUCAUUCACUGGAGUCGAUAACUUUCUCUGAUCUGAAUUUCAUUACCCCUGUUUCCAGUAUAGAAGAUUUCAAAGUUUCUGCUAUAGAGACGUAUCUUGAAAAAAUCUGUGUUUGUCAGGAAGCUAUCGAAAUUGAAAAUUUGAGUGAAUUGGAGAAACAACUAGACUUUUUACUCACUGAAGAAACAUUUCAUGGGAGUAUAAGAGAUAAUAUGGUCUCAAAACUCCAGUACUUAAGGGAAACUAUACAAAAUCAACCAAACAUAAAAACGAAAAAAAUAGUUGUAGAUGAAUUGCUGGCGUGGAACAAUGAACAGCUCUUAAUGGACAUGCUCAAACAUAGCUUUCUUCAUCGCGAAUCAGAAAAAUUGACGACAGUGAAGGUUUCAGCAAUUUUAGGAGGACACAGAAAGGAGUUUUCUGCUCAAUAUGGACGCUAUGAAAAAAAUUGCAUCGAUUUUUUGACUGAAUGCAGCCUGGGUUCAGUGUGUAGAGUCAUUGAAUAUCUGAGAAGACGUGAUAUAAACGUGAAUGUUUCGGACUCGUUUGGUAACAAUGGCAUAUUUUACGCUGUCACAAAGUGUAGAAACGACAUGAUCCGCAUGUUAGUGAAUUUUGGAGGAAAUUUGGACCAGAUAAAUGAUGAAGGGCUCACCCCCUUGAAUUUGGCCAUUCUGAGUUAUUUAUCCAAGAAGUACAACAUAAAAAAUUGGGAAACUUCUUUUUUGUCUCAAGACAACUUAUUACCCAAUGAGCAAGUUGAUGUUAUGAAAUGGCAUCUCAAUGUAUCUUUUCUCAGUUUGAAUGCUUCAGGAGAGCGAGUUUCGAGUAACUCUAAUAGCACCCGGAAAAUGAAACCAGCAAAAAAAAUUACACUCGAAGACAUGUCAGGAGAUGUUGACAACAAUACGAAUGAAGAAACAUAUUUUUUCGAAGUGACAUGUAAAUCAUCCGAAGAAAGUCCGGAAUAUGUCAGAAAGAAGUCAGAAGCAAUUUCAGGCUGUUCCAUAGGUCCUGAUGAAUUUAAGGACGUUGAAUUUCCAGCAAUGGAAAGUACAAUCAACACUCUUUUAGAAUGUGGAGCUAAUCCAAAUGCGGGGGAAGCGCCUCUUCCGCCACUGAUAAUGUCAAUUUUCAGCGAAAAUUCCAAUCUCGUAAAAAAACUGUUGGAUGCAGAUGCAGAUAUCCAUGUUGUGAUAACUGGAAAUAAUUUAACAUGCUUUCACAUCAUUGCUGCAUCGAGUUGUACAGAAGAAAAUGCAAAUAUUUGUUCAUUACUUUCACAGUAUUCGUGCGAUCCUAAUGCAAAGACAGAUAAGGAUCACUGGCCUGAACAGAAACUCAGGAUUCUGGGUGAGAGUAUGUUCUUUUAUUUCAUUUCUGAAUGUCAUUUGUAUGAAAAACACUUGUUUUACUUUUCGAUAUGCAAUUUCUAUCACGGUUGAAGAUAUUUUA